UUUGCAUCAGUUCUACAUAGCCUUCACACUUUCCUUCUAAUUCACAGCCAUGGAGAAUCAAUUUCCUAAGAUAGAAACCUUCAUGCAGAAGGAAUUUCCAUCAUUUCUUGAAGCCAUGCCUAAAUCUAGACUUUUUUUGGAUUCAAACGUUUGGAAUGGCCUAAAUGGAACUGCUACUCGUGGUGGUGGUCGUGGUGGUGAUCGUGGUAACGGUGGUGGUGGUAGCAGCCAUGUGAAAUCAUCCUCAUCAUCACCAGAUAGGUUUUUUUCAAAUUCAGAGUCAAGUUCUUCAAUGGAUGAGGCUUCAGCUGCCACCUUGAAUACUAACAUCCUUGAGAUCAUGAAAAAUAAUGGAUCUUCUGUCACUUCUGUUCAAGGAAGUUACAUUCCUGUGAAUUUUCUUCAAUCCUUCCCAGAACUAAAUCAACCCCAAUGGCCUGACCCUGAACCUGAACCCUCUUCACCAUCUUCCUUUUCAACGAAUCCGAAAUCACCGAAUCUAGGUUUGUUUUUGAAAGAACCCACCAUGUUAGAUAUAUCCAGAAGAGUUUCUGAAUCUGUAGGCAAAAACCAGAAUUGUGAGCCCAUGUCAUCAUCCUCACCAAACCCUUUAUUCCCCAUGUCCCAACUUGGCCAAAACCAGCUUGAUCAAGUGACUGAUUGGCUCAAAAUCAAUCAGAACUUAUCAAAUUACUCUUCAAAAGGCUUUGGUGAUUACUGGCCAAGCACAACCCAAACACAGCCAAUGAAGUACACUGGAAGAAGAAUGCAGAAUGGCCACCAGAAGUCUCCAUUGUCAUCAGGUUCGUCUCCAGGAAAGCUCUUCAGAGGAGUGAGGCAAAGGCACUGGGGAAAAUGGGUUGCAGAAAUAAGAUUACCACGAAACCGAAGAAGGGUAUGGCUAGGGACUUUUGACACAGCCCAAGAAGCUGCUUUUGCUUAUGACACUGCUGCUUAUAUUUUAAGGGGAGACUACGCACAUCUGAACUUUCCAGAUCUGAAGCAUCAACUCAAGGCCAAUUCUAUCAAUGGUACCACUGCAGCCCUUCUCGAAUCGAAGUUGCAAGCAAUAUCACAAGGUAUUUCUGCAAGUAACAAGGCCAAUGAUUCAGCACCAACAUCUCCCAACAAAGUUUUAUCUGACAACUCGAGAAUGAAAGGUUUGAGCAGAAACUUAGCAAGAAAAGAGAUACAAUUUGAGUUGGAGAGCAGAGAUGGAUCUGAAAUGGUUGAGAAUAAGAAGAUACAAGAAGGAUCAUCAGACAUUGAUGCUGUUCAGCUGAGUAGAAUCCCAUCCUUGGACAUGGACAUGAUCUGGGAUGCACUUUUAGUCUCUGAUUCAUGACUAAAGUAUCUGCUGAUCAUUUUGCUUAGGUUGAAUUGAAUUAUCUUCAGUUUCAUCUCUCUAUAGAACAAAGUAAAUCUCAUGUUAUUUCAAUGGGAAGCACAUUAAUUUGUUCUUGCUUGAUUAAGGUUCAGAUUUUGGACUCUUGAAAUAUUUUACUGUAAUUUGAUGCAAGAUGUACUCUUUUUUUUCUGUUCUUUAUUUUUUUUUUUUUUUUAGGGGGGUU